AUGUUACAGCCUCAUCCACAUCAGGAUUCAGAUGGACCACAAACCACCCCUACGUCUUUUGACACCACUGAGAUCGGAAUGUCUGGCAAGGUUAUUGAGAUAGUCAGGGACCUUGCUGAUAAUACUUGCUCUCAAUUGCAAGCACAGCUAUUGCAUAACAUCAGUCCGCCUCUUGAACCAAACCCGGCGGUGCCUCAAUUACAAUCCUUGAUUUCCAGGCCCAUUGUUCAAGUUACUUACUGGUUCAUUAAACAUAUCGUUCAAUCAUCAAAUGAAGAAGCUGAACCGCUUUCCAAAGUGGAAAUUUGGAAACAUACCGACAAGGAAGAUAAGGCCCAAAUUUCCCUUCUCAGCUAUCCCAGCCAAUACCCAGUGAAUGUGGUACCUUGUGGCACCAAGUGGAUUCCUGCUUGGAGUGGAUAUCCACCCUAUCUAAGAACCACCAAGCCAAUCUUUGAUGGGGUCUGGUUUUUCGCAUCCAUUGAGAAUGAAAACACGACGACCUUGAAUUUAUUUGAAGAGCUGGACUGGGAAGAGCUUUUUGAAGACAUUGAUUCAAAGCAGCAAUAUAAACUUGGGAUCACAUGA